UGCUUCAGUAGCAGUGACAGUGGUAGUUUGGAGAACAUGAAACUUAGAAUCCAGUGAACCAUACGAAGGAAGGUGCUGCUUUCAGGACACGCGGAGAGGACACUUCAAAUAAAAAAAUACCAUAAUAGAAAAUCACUGAUCUGUAAAUAAUUUUAAUCUAAAAUAAACCCUGUUUAGAAGAGGCAACUGCACUUUUGAGGUAAAGGCAGAAUAGACUCUUGGCGUCUCCAAACUCGUGCGUAAUUGUUUGCCUUUUUCUCGUUUCAUUCUCCAAACAGCGAGAUCUUCCAGUGGAGAAACAAACUCGGGAGAAAAUCCAUCAAAGUAAGCGCUAAACUGCAGGUUGCACGCGGAAAAGAUGACGGCUAUGAGAUUAGUUUCCUCGAUUCUGCUGAUAGUACUUUUGCAGUCUGGAGUUCUUGGCGCGAGAAGAUUCCGAGGUGGUCGUAACCCGCAACCACGGCGGGCACCGCCUUCUCCCACAUACCGGGACCGGGGUGACACCACGGAGAGCUUCCCUCUGGAUUUCACAGCCGUUGAGGAGAACAUGGACAAUUUUAUGACUCAGGUGAAGAACCUUGCGCAGUCCCUUUACCCGUGCUCGGCGCAGAAGCUCGAUUAUGACAUGAAGUUGCACUUUUUGGAGAAUACAUCAGUCACGUGUAAUGACGGGACACCUGCCGGGUACUACAUGAAGGAGUCCAGGGGAAGCAGGCGAUGGUUGAUAUUCUUAGAGGGUGGCUGGUACUGCUUCAACAAAGAGAACUGCGACAGCCGAUACGAGACCAUGAGGCGCCUGAUGAGCUCAUCCAAGUGGCCCCAAACCAAAACAGGCACCGGGAUCUUGUCUCCACUUCCAGAGGAAAACCCUCACUGGUGGAACGCCAACAUGGUGUUAAUCCCUUACUGUUCCAGUGACGUGUGGAGUGGUGCUUCUGCCAAGACAGAUCAGAGUGGCUAUGCCUUCAUGGGGUCUCUGAUAAUCCAGGAGGUUGUGAAAGACCUGCUGACCAAGGGCCUCGAUAAUGCCAAGGUUCUGCUGCUAGCCGGGAGCAGCGCGGGUGGGACCGGGGUUCUGCUGAAUGUGGACCGGGUGUCUGAGCAGCUGGAGGGAUACCCUGGGAUCCAGGUCAGGGGCCUGUCUGACUCUGGCUGGUUCCUGGACAACAAGCAGUACCGCUGCACUGACUGUGUGGACACCAUCAGCUGUGCCCCCACAGAGGCCAUCAAGAGAGGCAUCAAGUACUGGGGCAGUGUGGUGCCAGAGAGGUGCAGGCAGACCCACGAGGGGGAGGAGUGGAACUGUUUCUUCGGCUACAGAGUCUUUCCUUCCAUAAAGAGCCCGGUGUUUGUGGUCCAGUGGCUGUUUGACGAGGCCCAGCUGACCGUGGACAACAUCCACCUGACUGGACAGCCUGUUCAGGAGGGACAGUGGCGCUACAUCCAGAACCUGGGCAUAGAGCUGAGGAACACACUCAAAGACGUCCCGGCCAUGUUUGCUCCAGCCUGUCUCUCCCAUGAAGUAAUCACAAGGAAUUACUGGAUCGAUAUCCAAGUCAAAGGAACCUCUCUUCCCCGGGCACUUCACUGCUGGGACCGCAGUCUCCACGACAACAGCAGGAACAACAAGGCCCCCCCCAAAGGCUGUCCCGUCCAUCUGAUUGACAGCUGCCCCUGGCCCCACUGCAAUCCCACCUGCCCCACCAUCCGGGACCAGUUCACUGGCCAGGAGAUGAACGUCAUCCAGUUCCUCAUGCACAUGGGAUUUGAUGUGCAGAAGAUGGCCCAGCAGCAGGGCAUGGACCCCAGCAAGCUACUGGGCAUGCUCAGCAGUGGUAGCUAAACAACCAGGGACACUGCCAGUCUAAGUCCAGGGGGUGACUGGUGUCUGUCCAGACCCCACUUCUUAUACCUCCAGCUCAGCCCUGUACCCCCACCAGAGCCCUUUCCUCAUCCCCAUCCCCUAGCCUAUCCCAUCCAGACCUGACCUCAGUUAAAACCAAGGGCUACUCUCCGGUGUCCCUUAACCCCAAUGACCCCUGACCCUUCACCCAGAAAAGCCUCUCACAACCCAGUACUGUAAUGGGUACCAGGGCAACAUCCCACCAUGACAAGGCACACAUCUCUGCUACUCUCAUCUUAAAUUAUCUUUUGGUUGUAAAAGAAAAGAAAAGCACGAAUGUAAUCCAGUUUUAAGGAUGCUCAUUGUUUUGUUUUGUUUUUGCUGUUUUUUUACAUUCUUUUAUCUGUGUUUAUAGUUUUCAUUUUAGUCAUUGUUAAAAAGGCAAACUACAAUGACUUAACAGAGUUGUCUUUGUUAAGUAGUCUAUAGAGAGUAUAUAAAGUUAAUAAUACAAAGUUUAAGUCUGUUUGCUAUUGUUGGGCUCUACCCAAACAGUAUUUCUUCGUCAAGUCAAGAACAGGCACACAUAAAUGGUGUGAAAAGCACUGGAUUAAGGAAAGGAGACAGCGAGGACUUUACAACAGUAGUUACCUCUGCCUUUAUCUAGCACAGUGGAGGAUGGAGAAAGAGACACACACAAUAGAGGAGAGAGAUAACCACCAGGUCUCACUCCCGAUCAACUCAUGACAUUAUUGUCACACCAGACUGCUCUACAUAAGCUGUUAUUUUUACCUGAACAAUGUCAAGUACAAUGGUUGUCUACUCAGCGCUAACCUCAUUCUUUAAACGAACAAAAUACCUUUUAACAAUGUAACACAUUCCAAAAACAAUUAUUUUGUCAUAGGCCUUUUAGACGACAUCCUCUCGUCUAAUCGUGAGUGUGAGCAUCUACCACGACACAGUGUGACAUGAGUCAAAUCCAUGUCCGCAAUCGUCAUGUUCAGUAGAAUUGAAACAAAUUCGGAUAUGUGGUUCUCAAGGUGAGCCUUAUGCAAUCCUAGGCCUGCCACUAGUUUAUCCACACACCACAGUGCCAAGGCAUAGUCAGCAACUCACAAACCCCAUCAGUAACAUCAUGACCACUCACACUUAAGAUGUGGAUGUCACAUUCUGCUUGAUACUCCUCAUCUGCUUUGUAGACCAGUCUUUAGAUUCAAUGCAAUUUACAUUCAAAGGGAGAUGAAUAUCAUGUAUUGGAUUAUUUUUGAGUAUUUGUAUAGGUUAUAUUAAGUGUUCACAAUUGUAACUCCCUUCUUGUAUUUUUAAUAGAAAUCACCUUUUAAUAUAAUGACAAUGUUUUAUGUUAAGGCUUAUAAAUAAUGUUUUAAAGGACCUCUAUUUCACAACACACCCGAGAAGAAAGUUAUUACUAAUUGUAAUUUUAUUCUGUAACAUAUUUUUUAAUAGACAAAACUCAAGCUACAUUGGUAAUUUACAUAUUUAUUUUGUUAUGUAAAUCAUAUUUAUAAGUGCUAUUUUCACAGAGAAGUGAUUCUUUGUAAAUUGUAAAUAUAUUGCAGUUUUUUUCUCUUUGUGUUGAUUGCAUGUCUUUGUAUCAGACUUCAAAGGAAAGACCCAUUACAAAUAUUUCAAACGA